AAGUGCGGGUAAAAAUCAUUUACAACAAACAUCAAAUAACCAAAUGGUUUAACGACAAGAUUAUAAACCAUUUGACUUCUAUACGAUAAUCAUGUCAGAUGAUAAGACUGAUGAGAAAACGAUAAAGAAAAUUGGAUUAUUUAGUACCAAGAAUCCCAUAAUACGAUCAAUUGUUAUAGUGUCCUUAAUUACUAUACUCAUAACUAAAUAUGAUUUGAUCAAUUACUUGAUGGAUCCAAGUAUCUGGAAACAUUAUUCAUCCACGGCAUCAGAAAACCCAAUUACAAAUCAUAUAUUCAGCGAAUUCCAAUCUGAUCCUAAUGAAAGGUUUCAUAUUCAUGAUACUUUUAAAUAUGGUUGGAUAGCAAUCGUUUCAUUCAUUAUAAUCAUGUCACUACUGAUGGUCCUAUGAUCUACGUUGGCGAAAAUGUAAAGAUAAGAAUUUAUAUUAAACAUAAAUCAAACUGCUAGUUAUUAAUAGAAAAUAAGAAAAUAAACGUGUUAAAUAAAGCUAUGACAGAUGGUCAGGUUCAGUCUUAUUCCAAUCAUCUCUGACUGGUCCAGAACAAUAAGCAGGAAAUCGACAUAAAGGGUGAACUGGUUGUGGUUCUAAUGAUUCUUCAGGGCUUCUCAUAGUGGUAUGUUUCGUGGGUGUUGCGUUGGGUACUGUCCAGUGAUUGUCAGUUAUGCUAGCUUCAGGAGUAGGGGGUAAUGUAACAGCAUUUGCUGUGGUGAUAAAAGCAGCAGCAAUAAGUAAAAGACCUUGGAAUUUCAUUCUUGUUUAUUUGGUUAAAGCGAGAAGAAGAAAAGAAAAGUAGGAUUAUUCUUAAAGAUAAUUUGGUUUGCUACUUUAUAU